GCGGAGGGAGGGGGAGAAGGGAGUGAGAAGGGGCGGAGCGGACUGUGGGCUGAGUAGCUGCGGGACGCGAGCGCGACCGGACGCCAGUCUUCUCCUUCCUCUCCCGAGAGGCCGACUUUGGAAAGAAACCAGAAAUGAGUGGAAUGCUAUCUUAAGUCAAAAAUCUGUUACAACCUUUAUAAAUACUACUUAAAUGAAGAAAGAUAAAAAACCCCACAAAAUUCCAACUGAUAAUUACCCCAUUCAGACACUGGUGAAUAUGUCCCUCAGUCCAAGCCGACCUUCCUCCUCAGAGCAAUGGAACGUGACUGGAAAAAAAGUAUACCAACAUGAAGACUGUUCUCACUUUAAAGUCAUGACCAUGAAUCUAAAGAAGAACCUUUUGCUGUUGGUGGAACUUCAUGUUUUCUAUGUCCCUGAAGGAUCGUGGAACUAUAAGCUAAAUAUCAUUUCAAUAGAAGUUGUUAACAAAUUCAUUUCAGCUGGAUUUAUAAGAGUAUCUCCUCACCUUACUUUACAAGCGCUGAGAGAGCGACUUGGUGAGUUCCUUGGUGAAGAUGCUGUUGCAGAAAAAUUUUUAUUUCUGAAAUGCAUUGGAAAUAAUCUAGCUGUGGUGAAGGUAAAGCAAGAAUCAGAACUGAAACUCAAAUCAUUUGCUCCUCCAUAUGCUCUUCAACCAGAAUUAUAUUUGCUUCCUAUAAUGGAUCAUUUAGGAAAUAUUUAUUCAGCAUCAACUGUUUCUUUAGAUGGGCGGCAGACUAAUAAUGGUGUUGCUGAGGCUGAUGGAAUAAUCCACAGACCACUUAGUGUAACUUUGUUGAACGAAGAACCUGGAACAGAUCCCAGUUUUUUAGUAAACACUUUGAAAGAGCUUCUUAACAAAAAUCAGGAAGAAGCAACAUCAGCUGGGGGAAAAGCCACUCCAAAAGAAAACCAGACUGGAAAAAAUCAAAUUGGAAAUUCUGAAGUUCCAGGAUCAUUGGGAGAAUCAAAUAGUGAUUAUUUUAGCAACAAAAAAAGUCAAUUUCUUUGGAAAAAUGAAGAUGAUGGAGUUAAUAUCAUUAGAACAGAGGACAAUCAGAUAGGUAAAAAAGAGUGCAUCACCCUACCAGAGCUUAUUGAUUUUCCUUCACUUCCUUGUCAACCUGCUCUUUCUCCCGGAAUAACUGAUAUCUCUUUAUUACAGAUUGAAAGAGAGAAGAUUAUUGAACAAAUGAAACAAGUAAAGGAAGAAAGACGAUAUCUGGAAAGAAUUAGAGAAGAACUAAUAAAAAAAGUUGAAAAGCUAUUUGAACAAAGCAAAUUGAAGCGAUAUCAUGCCUGUGAUGGUUGGAAGAAAAAAUACUUUGAAACAAAGAAAAUUACAGCAUCAUUAGAGGAGGUUUUAACAAAACUUCGAGAAGAUUUGGAACUUUACUAUAAAAAACUGUUCAUGCAACUUGAAGCCAGGGAGAUCAAGAUGAGACCAAAGAAUCUGGCAAACAUCACAGACUCUAAGAAUUACCUUAUAAUCCAGAUCACUGAAGUACAGCAUGCAAUUGACCAACUUAAGAGAAAACUGGAUACUGACAAAAUGAAACUCAUGAUAGAAGUUAAGGUGAGAAAACAAGCAGUUUCAGAUUUACGCACAUUGAAAACUGAAGUGGCACAGAAAAAAUUAACACAUCUUUACAAUCUCAAUUAGUUCCUGGAAAUGUACUUAGGAGCUCAGCGGAUGAUUUUGUUCAUGAUGAAUCAGCCAAAUCAAAAGGGAGCAUUGGCUGCUGCAAUACAUUC